AUGGCCGAUUACUACCCUGACCAGCUUGGGGAUACGCUGGUGGCAACAGCACUUGCAAUUCUAAAGGGCAUGGAGGGCAGCGGAAGUCAAGUCUUUGGAGCUGAAGCUUCGUUGAAGCUGUUGACAGAUGCAGCGGUGCAGUCAAGAUGCCAGAUGUUGUUGGACUUCUUGCUAGACAUGUUCGAGCAUGGGCGCGCUCCACGAGCAAAAAAUAUUCGACAAUGCUGCGCAUCACUUCUCCAGAUGCUAUUGGAGAUUGCACCAGCCAGUCACGGCAAGCGUUUGGAGGCUUUUUUUCUUCAACUCGCAUCCGACAAAGUGCCGCCUGUGAGAUGUCUUACUAUCCCUGGCCUGGCAUCUCUGGGGACUAAAGCAGCUGUUGCUGCCAUGGUGGAGAUGGCGUGCAGUGACCUCAUUUGCAAGGUACGUUUGGAUGCCCUGACCCACUUGAUUUUGCUUCAGGCAGAUCACGCCCUAGUGCUGGACCAGAACCUCACAGAGAUGCUCUUGGAUCGAUCUAUGGACGCAUCGCCCACAGUUCGACGUAGUACGUUCACCUUCUUGACAACGACGCAAAGGCCGUCUGAUUCUCAGAGGCUUUGUGCUCUGCUUCGGCAAGGUCUGGCUGACACGGAUGCUGGCGUGCGCCAGGAGUGUGAGCAUACCCUGCGCUCGUGGGCUGGAAAGUCUGGCGAGGGGAUGUCUCCCAUUCUGAGCUGGAUAAAUGCCUUGCUAGUCGGACCAACGAAGCAGGCAGAGUUUGUUGCAGAGACCAUCUUGCAAAGGCUGCUCCAUGGUCAGGACGUACGCUCCGUGGCAGAGCAUUCGGUUCAGACCCUCUUGCAUGGUGAGAAGCCGAUGGAAAGAAUUCAGAUCAUCUUAGCACGUCUUGCCAUCUCACUUGACCCCGAUAUGUGGAACCUGAGUGGAGUUUUGAGAGGCUCGCACUUGCUUCGCAGAACUUUGGAAGUAUUGGACUCUGGGGACAUCUUCAUGCUGCGACAGCUUCUCAUAGUGCUGCUUCAGACUGGCGUGUACGACGAGGCGGCCUCAAAGACUUUGCUACAAAUAGCAACGGCAACGCUUUUGCGCUGUCCACUGGAUGAGACACGCGUGAUUCAAUCUUGUGGGGCUAGUUUUGACAGGGGCCACAUGCAGCAAGCCGGCCUAGAUCCUUUUCGCUUAGCUGCCCUGCUGGCCCGGCAGUCCCUGAAGCUGUCCACCUUACACAGCAUGUCUUUUCGCAAGCCCAAGUUCGACAAGGCGCGAGUUGAGUCGGCCUUUUCGGAUUCCAUGCGAACCGUCCUCUGCGUCCUUGCAGCAAAAGCUGAAGCCGCUUGCCUUUCAGAGCCAGGACGUCAAAGCGAGAGUUUCUCUGAACUCGCAAGGUAUGUUGCUGCGCACAAGGCGUACGCGCUUGAUCUGGAAUGCAGUAUUCGCAAGCUUGACAUGCAAUGUCAGAAGCUCACCCAGGCUCGGGACUUCGUUGCAGCUUAUGCCCUGCGGGAAGACGUAGAACAGCUGCGGCAGCAGCAGGAUGAAGCGCAGGCAAAUGCAGAACGCGCAUUUGCUGCGCUCGGCCACAAUCUCUCUCGCAUCCUUCAUGUGGCAGAGGCUGUUCUUUCCUACACCGAGGCUGAACUUAAGGAUGAUUUCCCUCUUUGUCUUGUCAUGGAUGACAUAUUGCGCCCAGCACUGCUCCUGAUUGACUCAAUCCCUCUCGGGAUGGCUGGCAUCUGUUGGCCUGCUUUGCGAGCACGAGCCAUCCGAUGCAUUGCUUUGCAUGCCACGCUCUCUGCGGAAACUGCUGAGAUGCAUCAAGGCUUUUUUCACUCAGUACUCGAGCGGUAUAUUCCAGAAGUUCUUUGCGUGCAGAAUGACCUUGACGGCGCAGAAGUCGCAGAGGACGUCGUGUUGACUUCGUUGUCGUUUUUGGUCGACUCUGUUCUUCUUUAUGAACCUUCUUGCGAAGCAGAAGCGGACAUGCAGGGCAAUCUGACUCAGGAGGCCUCGCAUGCCAUUUGUGAGCGGAUAGCUCCGCUUCUGGCAGGCGCAGCAGUAUCAGAUGUCAGGGUACCAGAUGCUGCUGAGUUUGCCAUGCUGGACUGA